AUGAGGACCUUGGAGACUAAUACCUCUGGGUCUGUGAGUGAGUUCAUUCUCCUGGGCUUCCCCUGCCGCAGGGAGAUCCAGAUCCUCCUCUUUGUGCUCUUCUCCAUCAUCUAUUUCCUGAUCCUCAUGGGGAACGCAGCCAUCAUCUGUGCCGUGUGGUCAAGCCGGAAGCUCCAUACACCCAUGUACAUCCUCCUGGCCAACUUCUCCUUCCUGGAGAUCUGCUAUGUCAGUUCCGAUGUGCCCAAAAUGCUGGCCAACAUCAUCUCCCAGACCAAGAGAAUCUCCUACACUGGCUGCCUACUCCAGUUCUACUUCUUCUUCUCCAUGUGUGUGGCUGAGUCUUUAUUUCUGUCAGUGAUGUCUUUUGAUCGAUUUCUUGCCAUUUGUAGACCUUUGCAUUAUCCUAUCAUUAUGACCCAUCGCCUGUGUGUGUUGUUAGUGGUCUUCUGCUGGGUAGGUGGCUUUCUCUGGUUAUUGACCCCUUUGAUUCUAAUAUCUCAAGUGCCCUUCUGUGGUCCAAACACUGUUGACCAUUUUCUCUGUGAUCUGGCACCUUUGCUGGCACUGUCCUGUGCUCCAGUAUCUGGAAUUAGGCUGAUUUGUGGUAUCGUGAGCUCUCUAAUCAUCUUCCUCACCUUACUGUACAUUCUUGGCACUUACUUUUGUGUCCUCAGUGUGGUGCUACAGAUGUCCUCAGGCUCAGGAAGGCAGAAGGCUUUCUCUACUUGUGCCUCCCACCUUGCUGUGGUAUCCCUCUUCUAUGGCUCAGUCAUGGUGAUGUAUGUUAGCCCAGGUUCUGGCGAAUAUCCAGGGAUACAGAAAUUUGUGACCUUGUUCUAUGCUUUGGCAACCCCUUUCUUUAAUCCCCUGAUCUACAACUUCCGGAACAAAGAUAUGGAAGAAGCACUAAAAAAAAUUUUGAGUGUUUUACUGAAGGAAAUCUUUAAAGGCUCCAAAAGUCGAAUUUAA